GCACAACCUCAUAACGGAGUGCCCAACAAGAUGGGGUUCUAAAGAAAUGAUGAUUGCCAGAGUGCUUGAACAGGCCAAAGCCAUUUCUCAGGUAUUGUCUGGAGAUCGAUAUGCACGCUCCCUUAUCCCAACCUGGCAGGAUAUUGACGUGUUGGAGUCGAUUCACAAGGCACUGCAUCCUCUACUGGAGUUUACUGAUGCUCUUUCUGGAGAGGAGUAUGUAAGCAUCUCCUACCUCAAGCCAGUUCUCCACCUUUUUGCCACAUCAGUCCUGGCUGAAGAUGCUGAGGACACUGACCUGACUAAAUCAAUAAAAACCAAAGUCCUAGCAUACCUCAAUAACAAAUAUGGAGACCCAAACAUCCAGGAGCUUUUGGAUGUUGCCUGUUUCCUGGACCCUAGGUUCAAAAUACAGUACAUCAGUACAGACAACAUCCCUGCUAUCAAGACUCGUCUGAAGACAGAGAUAGUAGACUUGGCACAACGUACAUAUCAUUGGGAGAAGAGGUCUCGUACUGAAACUGUUCAGAUGCCUCAAAGUGCACAGUCCUUGGGGGAAAAGACGAAGAGGUCUCUUGGCAGUUUUUUCAAGACCAGUUCAGCCUCUCCUUCUUUGCCUGUAAAUCUUGAAGAUGUCGCAGAGGCAGAGAUAAACAAUUACCUGAUGACUCCUACCAUUGAUGGAGAAGAUGAUCCAUUGGCUUGGUGGAGGGUGCACAAGAUCAGCUACCCACAGUUGUGCACCAUGGCACGCAAGUAUCUUUGUGUACCUGCUACAAGCGCUCCCUCAGAGCGUCUUUUUAGCACAGGAGGGAAUAUUGUGACUUGCACUCGCUCAUCCUUGAAGCCAGAAAAAGUCAAUAUUCUGGUUUUCUUAGCAAAAAAACCUGUGAGCCACUGAGAACAGAACUGUUGGAUAAGUAUGGCUGGCAGUGCCAUACUCGUAGUGAACUUUAGUCUGUGUGGUGUGUUAUUGUUGUGUACUUGAGAUAAGUGAGGCUCAUCUAUUUUAUAUUAUAAUAUUCAAAUC